AUGAAUUCAAGCCGGAAUUCUCACCCAUCUUGGGGCUCUCCACGCACUCCAUCGUCUCCGCUGUCCAUUCCUCCCGCCCCAAGUGUCCUGCGACAAUCCGUCCGUUCCUCUCAGCCCGCAAAGCCUGAUACGGAGAAGGAAGAGCUCCGUGUACAAGUCAACACGCUGAAAUAUGAGCUGGAGAAUUGCAAGCAAGAGCGAGAGUUGAUGGCCUUGCGCCAUGAAAAGGAGGUCCGAGACCUCCAACUCAAAGCCGAUGCAGAUUUUAGAAAGGCACAGGCAGCAGAGUCUACAAGCAAUCGGGCCAGCAUCAAAAGCGAAGAGCUUGCGCGUGAGCUCAAAGAAACCCAGGAACUCGCCCUGAACGAGAAAGUCGGCCUCGAACGGAAGAUUAGAACCAUCCAGGACCAAAAUCAGAGUCUGCAGGAGGAAGUCGAAGACACCAAGGCGCAGCUGCUGGACCAGGAGCGACAAUAUAAGUACCAGGUCAACGAGCUGGAGACCAUUCGCACGUCCCUCCAGAGAACGCUGGAGGAGUUGCAGAACGAUCUCCAAACUGCGAGAAAUGACGUCAAAGCCACACAGGAGAAGUUAAGCGAGAGGGAGACCGAAGUUGCCAACCUGGAAACCGAGAACAUCCGGCUCAAAUCCGAGGGAAGUGACGCGGAAUCCAUAGCUGUCCUUAAGAGAGAGCUUUCGGAGCAGGUGAACCAUAUUCGCACACUGGAAACCACAAAUCGAGAAUACGGCGCUGAGCUGCGUCAUCUGCGAAAAGUGCAGAAGAAUGUCGAAGUGGUGGAAGAGCAGAAAAGAUCACUUGAAAACCAACUGCAGCUGAUGAAGGCUGUUGAGGCGGAGCUGGACACCGUCCAGAUCCAAAAACAAAUUCUCGAAGACGAACGCAGCUCGUGGACCAGCCUUCUGCAAGACAAUGACCAGCCGGCAGAGUUUGACUCUCCAGAAGCAGUUGUAAAGGCGCUUCUGCAGGAACGGCUCGAAAAGGCCACACUUGUGGACCGCCUGGGAAGUGUGGAAGCACAGUUCCUGGAGAAGGACGAAUUGAUCAGGAGCCUCGAGACCGAGAAGACCCAUCUGCGACAAGAAAUUGAAAAACUCCGUACUUCUGCUGCUGCGGCAGGAGGUGCUAUGGCUGACAGUCGAGUGAAAGCAAGACUGGAGCGUCAGCGAGCGCUUGCAGUUAAGGAAGUUGAAUAUCUCCGCGCGCAAUUGAAAACUUUCGACACAGAAGAGAUCACAAUGAACGAAGGCCAGAGCCAGUUUGACGAACAGAAAUCUACACAGAUCGCCAACCUGGAGAAGAUAGUUGAUGAAUACCGGGCGGAGCUUGAAAAGGCCCAUGAAGAGCUCUCCAAGCGUGAAACUACUCAGCAAGAAGAUGCACAGCCGCGGGGCAUCAAACGCCCUCUGUCCCCCGCGGAAAGCGAUGCAGAAAACGAGCGGCUCUCCGUGUUAACACGCAAAAAUCGAACCCUGCAGGAGUCGUUGUCUAAGACCGAACAAGCCAUGGCUCUUCUCCGUCGAGAAUUCGAGGCCACCAAAUCCCAGCUCAAGUCACUCAAGGCCAAGUCGCGCACACGCAUUCUCGAACUUCGCGAUAACCCCACUGCACAAUCCGAGAAUCUCAAGCUCUCCACCAUCACGACGCUGAAAGCGGAGAACAAAGACCUCCUUGCGCAACUCCGUGGCAACCACCAAGACGUCAAGGUCGUCCCAGUCAGCACCCUCGAAAGCAUGAAGUUAGAGAUUCAGGACAUGGAGCGUGUGGUGGCGGAUAAGGAAAAGCGCAUGCGCCGCCUCAAGGAGAUCUGGACGGCGAAAUCGUCCGAGUUCCGCGAGGCUGUUGCGUCUCUACUCGGCUACAAGUUGGAUUUCCUGCCCAACGGACGAGUCCGUGUUACAUCCAUGUUCCACCUCUCGCCGGCCUACCGACACGGAGACCCAAGUGCCGCAUCGGAUUCACGCGGCCCCGGCAGUAUGGGCAACGGCGAGGAGAACUCCAUCAUCUUCGACGGCGAGAACGGCACGAUGAAGAUCUCUGGCGGCCCGAACAGUCUCUUUGCAAUGGAAAUCAAACACCUCAUCAAGUUCUGGGUGGAGGAGCGCAAAGAUAUCCCUUGCUUUUUGGCCGCCAUGACGCUAGAUUUCUACGAUAAGACAACCCGAGCUGCUCGGAUGUGA